AUGACCCUCAUUCUCGUAUUGUGUUUCGUCUGGACGGGAUGGCUCAUAGUCGUGUCUCUAGCUCCGAACGAAGCGGCCAACUGGCUCAUGGACACCGGCACCUAUGACAAUGGACAGUUCUGGCUCAUCAUCGACGCAAACCCGGAGUUGACACGCAUGGGUGUCGCCGGCCUACUGUUUGUAGCAUUGUGCUACAUGUUUGUAUUACUGAAGAUGAUAUGCUGGCGUGAAAAAAUAUUCAUACCAGUAUUCCUUCGACAAUUAGAAGCAAGACUUCUAGAUAGUUUGAGUGCAUCUCGAUUAGAGUCGAGAACUUGGUCGGUUGUUGUCGCCCCAAGUUACCAGCAGAUCCACUCAUCGUGGAAAGACCAUACUUCGUUUAACGGCAAGAAACGCAAGUUAUGGAACGUAUACACGAAAGUAGUCGACCUUGUGAUGCAGACAAUCGUGCUUUUCGAAUUAUUAAAACGCGGUAAUCCUGUGCCGAUUGUGUAUGGUUAUACGUGUUUUGUCGUCAUGAACUCGUUGUCAUGCGCCGUAAACAUAUUUUCAGCAAAGGUUUCGACCCUCACGGAGGUUCUCAUUGACACCAUUUUUGACUUAUCUGCUGCUGUACUCUUCCCCAUCAUCACACUCGUGUUCUGCUACUACAAUUUCGAAUUCGACCGUGACGUGUAUCUCUCUCAAUUAGAUAAACUCAUAUCUGGCAGUUUUGAACACACAGCGCGCAUGUUUGUAGACCAGUCAGAGAUUGCCCUGUUUCGAGUGAGUUUCGAUUCAUUGCGAUUUAGUUCUGGACUCGAUCUGGUCGUACGCAUUGCGCUGAAUUUAUCAUUCUGUUAUCGGAUUAAACGUAUGAUGGAGGUUAUGAUUUGGCGACGGCGUCAUUCGUGGAUAUCGGGUAGAACGAGAAGAAAGAGUUCCGGGACUAUUAUCCCACUUGAGCACAAGUCGCCGGUCCCGAAAUUCGUUGGAGCUUUGUUCCUUCUAUAUAACGUGGCCAUGGUGGUAAUAACUCAGCAGUCGAUUGCUCACUCUGUAGCUGCUUGUUCUGCGUAUCCAGAGUGUGUCGUAUACGCGUAUCAUUGGACAUCGAGCGACAUAGCAUGCCCGUGUUUAAUAUUUAUUGACAUUAACAAGGCUCCUAAAACGUAUGAGGAGUGGGUACAUCUACCUAAUGCGUACAGCACUCUUCGAGCGCUAUCAGUAACCGGGAGGUUGGAAUCAGUACAGAUUAUCAAUCGUGAAUUGUCCGAAUUGCCAAAAGAGCUUCGCUCUUGUCACAAUCUGCGGACACUGUACCUGAUGUAUACGAACACUCAGAAUUUGCCAGACUGGACUGGAGAAUUCAAUCAUCUCGAAACUUUUCACAUAGAAGGCAAGGCGGGCAGUAUGAAUUUACGAGAGCUUCCAGAUACGCUUUUCAGCAAUAUGCCGCAUCUAGCUAUGAUUCAUCUUGCUGUUCAUGGGAGGCUCGAACGAAUUCCACCUCUAUCGGGUGUACCACAUCUGCAGAGCCUUUCGCUUGCCUGGUUGCUUCAACUUCGUCAACUUCCGGACUUCGAUCUCAUUCCAGACCUGCGAAUGCUUGCCAUCUCUGUUGUUCCCUUGCUGGAGUGGAUACCAGAUAUGUCUCCUCUAGAUAAGCUCGUAGACUUCACGAUGAUGCCGGGUAUUAUUUGCUGCAAUGGCUUUCUUGGUGCUUGUGACCUGGCCGACUUCUUUUGCUUGGGUGAUCCGUUUCUCGGUUUGCCUCCAGCAAAAUGCCUAAUGAACGCCACAAACUCAUCACUACCAGUCACCCCGUACUUGGGAUAUAAUGGUACUCAAGACGCUUUCAAGGAAUAUGCACCGAACGUCUGCGCUAAAUGGACAGGUGGUGCUGUUUACAUUGACAACACUCCGACUAAAGAGAAGGUUGAAAUGUGCGACGGAAAGUUGUUUAGAAAGUGCCAUCUUCCAGGAAACGUCACUGGAAUUUGCAGCAAUAUGCGGUUUCAAGUGCUGUCUUGUGUUUAUGACGAUAGCCGCAUCGCAUUGAGGCAAUAUCAGAUUGACAAGGGCAUCGGUCCGUUGUGUGAUCCAGUCGAGGAAAAGUGGCUUGGAUGCAGGGAAAGGUAG